AAGCUACGCGUAUGGUAUGAGUAUCAGACGACGUGUUGUUUUUGAGGUUUGUUUAUUAUAUACUUGCGUUGCGUUUGUGUUUGUGUUUGUUUUUUGUUUCUGUUUCUGUGGGGGAGCAAUGCGCACACCGUUAAGGAUAGCGCAGUGGGGUUCCGCGUGUAACGGGAGAUGACGUGGCGAGAAGAGGUUGUUCGGCUAGACUGAGACGCCCAAUUGCGGCGGUGCGGUCUCGCGGGGGGCGCCACGUGGGGAGUUUGGGUGUGGUCAGGAAUCAAUCGCUAUAGACUCCUUCCUUGACUUGGGAAGCUUAAUUCAAAAUAUGAUUCAAUUUUAUAAUUUGGAUAUAUCAUUGAGUUUUGUAUAUAUCUUAGUAAUUAAUUAUAUUACAGUAGUGAAAAUUAAUAAUAGGUUACGGGUGGGAUUAGGAUUACAUGUGGAAAGGCUCUAUAAAUAAGCAUUUAGCUUAGACUUUUAAGCAUAUUAUUAGUCCAACGACAUCAAAAAGUACAUUCAUCUCUCAUGGCAGCCACCACUCAAAUGGUUUCCUCUUCCCUUCUGGUAACGUUGGUGUUCUCUGUUCUUUCUCUUUUCAGUCCAGUUCAUGCCAACCCUCUCCUGUUGUGUCGUUUUAAUCAAAUAUACCAACUGGGAGACUCGCUUUCGGAUACUGGUAACUUGAUUCGUGAGGCUGCUCUUGGUGCCAAUACUCCGUUUGCAAAGCUUCCUUAUGGUGAGACUUUCUUUAAGGCGGCAACCGGUCGUUGCUCAAAUGGGUUAUUGAUGAUCGACUAUUUUGCUAGGGCAGCGGGCUUGCCUUUUCUUACUCCAUACAAGGAGACAAGUGGAGAUUUUAGACACGGAGUAAAUUUUGCUGUUGCUGGCGCCACUGCGUUGUCGGUGGAAUAUUUAGCCAAAAAAAACAUUUUGACCUCGGUUUCCAACAGCUCGCUUGAUGUACAGCUCGAUUGGAUGUCUAAGUAUUUCAAUUCCACUUGUUGCACCGCGAGAGAUUGCCAAAGGAUGCUUCGAACUUCACUUUUUAUGGUCGGAGAGAUUGGAGUCAAUGAUUAUAACUUUGCAUUAACUGGAGGUAAAACUAUUGAGGAAAUAAAAGACAUGGUACCUGAUGUUGUUCAUGCUAUUGCUGAUGCCGUUAGAACUGUCAUUCGAUAUGGGGCCAUUCGAGUAGUGGUUCCCGGCAUUUUCCCAGUAGGUUGUCUCCCGAUUUGCCUCACUGCAAUGCAGACCAACAACUCGAUCGCUUAUGAUGAGUAUCAUUGCUUGAAAGAGCCGAAUAAUGUAGUGAUUUAUCACAACAAUCUGCUAAAAAAGGCCAUUAAAGAGUUGAAGCAUGAAUUUCCUUAUUCUGCUAUUGUGUACGCUGAUUAUUACAAUGCUUUUCAAUGGCUUUUCACGGAGGCAUCAUCUCUCGGAUUUGAUGGCUCGUCUCUCAACAAAGCUUGUUGUGGUGUCGGAGGAGAUUAUAACUUCAACCUUGCCAAGACUUGUGGAGCACAAGACGUGACAGUUUGCUCAAACCCCGAUCAAUUUAUUAGUUGGGAUGGAAUACAUUUAACGCAAAGGGCUUAUAUGUUUAUGGCUAAAAUGCUAAUCCACAACAUCUUGCCCAAGCUUCACUGCUUCAUCUAAAUUGAGUCAUAUUUCAUUAGUUUAGGAUUAGGAUCUUAGGAUAGAGAGAAGGCAAAAAGAAGUUCCUAGUUAAUUCAUUUUAGAUAUUUAAUCUUUACUGUACGUUAGUUUCUUUUUAGACUCUUCAUUGGUAUGUUCUCUUUGGAUAAAUUACAUUUAUCCUUAAUUUUGUGUCGUUUAUGUAAUUAGCACAAA